AUGGCUGGCCCAAAGAUUCACAAUACCAACACCUUGCUAUUCAUUAGGAUUUUGAUUUUCCCUCUUUCCAAACAUAUCUUCGAACUACUCGGAGAACCUUUACUACCUUACUCUGGCACCAAGCGGAUUCUCAAUAUUCUAGAGAUCAAGAUAGCCCCUUUGUUUCCCUUCACAUCACGUCUGAGUCAACACACCAAACUGACCUCGAACCCAAAUAGUCUUCACCUUCCUUAA